AUGUCUGCCACAGCAGCACUCGCCUCGUGCAUGCGUCGGGCAGCCAAAGCCCUACCCCCCAUCAACAGCACAUCCUUCGCCGCCAACUUCGACUGGCUAGGCCAAUACAACGUGGUCUGCCUAGGCGACGGCAGCCACGGGACAUCCGAAUUCUACGCGGCACGCGCGGAAAUCAGCAAACGACUAAUCAAAGAGCACGGGUUCAAGAUUGUAGCACUGGAAGCCGACUGGCCCGACGCCGAAGCCAUCGACCACUACGUCCGACGAUGGCCAAACCACCCCGGAAGAACAGAAGCACAAGAAACCAUGUUCAAGCGAUUCCCGACAUGGAUGUGGCGGAACCGGGAAUUUCAAGAUUUUGUGCACUGGCUCCGCGACUACAAUGCCGGACUACCACCUAACGAAAGGGCCGGUGUCUACGGACUCGACCUCUAUUCAAUGGGAUCAUCAAUGGCCGCGGUGAUCAAGUAUUUGGAAUCCGUCGAUCCCGAAAUGGCCAAAGAGGCCCGACAACGAUACAGCCAGCUGUCGCGGUGGGCGGGCCGAGAACACGAAUAUGGAAUGAAGAUGCGGAGUGGACGAUGGAAGACAUGCGAGGAGGACGUGAUCAAGAUGCUGCUGGAACUGUUGCGCAAGCGACUUGAGUAUUCGGCCAAGAUCCACGAUGGCGAACACUUCCACAGCGCGGAGCAGAAUGCGACACUUGUCGUCGACGCUGAGGAAUAUUAUCGAAAAAUGUACUACAGCGACGAAAUCACCUGGAAUCUACGCGACAGUCAUAUGUUUGAAACGCUCAAGCGGCUGCUUGACUUCCGCAGCCCGAACAAUAAAGCCAUCGUCUGGGCUCAUAACUCUCAUCUCGGCGACGCAAGGUAUACCGACAUGGGUAUCUCGCGCGGCGAAAUCAAUUUGGGUCAACUGUGCCGCGAACACCUGGACAAUGUCGUCCUAGUCGGCUGCGGCACCCACGACGGCACCGUCGCCGCCGCCCACGAGUGGGACGACGACAUGCAAUUCAUGAAAGUCAAUCCGUCCCGCGAAGAUAGCUGGGAACGAGUCUGCCAUGAUACCGGUCUGAGCAGGUUCUUGAUCGAUAUGCGGAAAGGCCAUUGUGAUGAAGACACGCGGCGCCAGUUGGCCACGACCAGACUCGAACGGUUCAUUGGUGUUAUUUACCGCCCUGCAACUGAGCGGUGGAGCCAUUACAGUGGCGCAAAGCUGGCCCUGCAGUUUGACGCUUUUUUGUUUUUUGAUACGACUCAUGCGGUAGGUGCGCUCGAGAAGAAACAGCCGCAUACGCCGUUGGAGGAGGCCGAGACUUAUCCUUUCGGGUUGUGA